AUGAAAAACAGGAAAAGAAAUGAAAAACGAAACGAAACGAAGAAGAACAUAAAGAAGUUUCAGAAAGUUUCAAAAAUAAAAAAGAAAAAUAUCCAAGGUUAUUAUAAAUCAUCACCCACCACCAACGAUACUCUCAAACUCUCAUUCGUUCCUGCAUUUUACCCUCACUCUCCACAAAUUACAUCCUCCUUCCAGCCAAUCAUUGCAAAAGCUACACGACCUUUCAUUCUCGAAUUUAUUCUCUUACCUUCGAACAUUAGUCGACUCGAAUUCGAGCUUGACUUUCGAAGUACCAGCAAGGUGUUAGCUUUGAACAAACUUACGUUACAUUGCGCGGGAAUUUGGCCAGAAAAGAUUUACGACCCGCUUUUCAUCUUUUUUGCUGUGUACUUGACCAUACAUUGUACAAUGGGAUUCAUCUCGCUUACCGACAACCUAUCGGAUAUGGAAUAUGUUUUUAUUUGCAUUGAAGAAAAUGUGUUCAAUGCUAUGUCGCUAUUGAAGGCAUGCAUAUUCAGAAUAAAUAGCAAUGGGUUGGCCGAAAUUUUAAAGGAAAUCAAACUCGAUCUUAUUCCAGAAAAAUACAAAACUGAUGAGGAAAAGAUUGCUUAUUUAAGUUAUAAUAAAUUAAGUCUAAAGAUCGUUAGGUUGAGUAUGAUUAUAUCCAGCACAGCCUCUGCGAUGUAUUAUCUGUCCCUUACAAUGGACAAUUUUGAAAAGGUCAUUGCAAAUUCAUCUUACGGAUACGUAUUGCCAUACAAAGCACCUAAGAAGUUCAGACCGACAAAUCUGACAAUCUACAUUCUUCUUUGUCUAUAUCAAUUUAUUAUAGUACUAAGUAUAAUCUUCAUUUACUCCGCAACUGAUUGUCUAUUCAUCAGUUUUGGACUCCACGUUAGUGGUGUUUUCUCUGCACUUUCCUGCAAAGUAAAGCAAGUGUUGAACAAUCCGGAGAAUCGUAAACGUCGAAUAAGAGAAUUAAUUUUGAGACACAUACAUCUAGUAUGGUUAGCUGAAUCUUUGGAAAAUCAAUUCAACCUACUAAUUUUACAACAAUUAGUUGGAAGUACCAUUCAUCUUGCUCUUCUUGGUUACGACGCGCUCGUUAGUUUAUCGCUAGGAGAGACUAAUAAGGUAUUAGCUAUUUUCAUAAUUGCAUGUCGUGUUUCAUGCACACUAUUGGUUUAUUGCUAUAUCGGACAGUGUCUUAUCAAUGAAAGCACAUCCUUCGGUGAAUCAAUUUAUCACUGCGAAUGGUACAACAUAUCGCAAGAGGAGAUUAAAUUAAUGCUUAUUUGUAUGAUGCGAUCGUCAAAACAAAUGGAACUGACCGUCGGCAAAUUCUUCGCAUUGUCGUUGACUACAUACACAGAUGUGGUGAAGACAUCAAUGGCGUAUUUAUCCGUACUACGGACGUUUAUGUAAAAAGAGCGAAAACAAAAGAAUACUAAAGAGGAAAG